CGGUCGGUCCUUUUCCCCCGUCUGUCAGCCAAUUUUUUCUCCCCUUCCGUCCGUCGCAGUUUUUCCUCCGCUUCUCCCCCAAUUUCCGCCCCGGCGGCCUAAUCCUCCGCCGUGGAAACAAGCGUGUUAAUACCAUUCCAUCCUAAAAAUCGCCGAUCACGCCACUUUACUUCAGUUUCUCCCAAUUGCGAAGGGAGAAAAAAAAAUGAUUCCAGAUCUCUGCUGCCCCGCCCCGAAUCUGAUUCCGCGUACCUAUUGUAACUAGUUCAUCGGAUUUCUUCCCGUUUUCCCUUCAUCUCGAGAUUUUAAUCAAUGGCGACAAGGAACAGGACGUUGAUAUUCAGGAAGUACAGGGACGCAUUGAAGAGCGUCAGGAUCCCAACGAGCUCCUCUUCUUCAUCGCAGCAGCCCUUGUCGUCUGCUUCGACGAGCUCCUCCACCAGAGACGGUCGCGGCGGUGGUCCGGUGAUUGAGUUGGUCAGCACUUCGCUCCUCAAUCCUAACCGCUCUUACGCUCCUCUCAGUACGGAAGAUCCCGGUAAUUCCAGUAAAGGUGCACUAACAGUUGGUCUACCACCUGCUUGGGUUGACAUAUCGGAAGACAUAGCAGCAAAUGUGCAACGUGCUCGGACGAAAAUGGCUGAGUUAGCCAAGGCUCAUGCCAAAGCAUUAAUGCCUUCAUUUGGAGAUGGUAAAGAAGACCAACGUACAAUUGAGGGUUUAACCCACGAGAUAACCGGUCUUAUAAAGAAAUCAGAGAAGAAGCUGCAGAGACUUUCUGCUGGGGGUCCAACAGAAGAUUCAAAUAUCAGGAAAAAUGUUCAGCGUUCUCUAGCCACAGACCUUCAGAAUCUUUCUAUGGAACUUCGUAAGAAGCAAUCAACCUACUUGAAGCGCCUCAGGCAGCAAAAAGAGGGUCAAGAUGGGGUUGACUUGGAGAUGAACCUUAAUGGUAAUAGAUCCAGAAUUGAUGAUGAGGAUGGUUUAGAUGACAUGGCGUUUAGUGAUCUUCAAAUGGCCAGAGUGAAAAAGACCGAGGCAUUUACUGCAGAAAGGGAGAGAGAGAUUCAACAGGUUGUGGAGUCUGUAAACGAACUUGCUCAAAUCAUGAAGGACUUGUCAGUACUUGUGAUAGACCAGGGUACUAUUGUUGAUAGAAUAGACUACAACGUUCAGAAUGUCGCAACUACAGUCGAGGAAGGGCUUAAACAGCUGCAGAAGGCUGAGAGAUCACAGAAGCAAGGGGGAAUGGUAAUGUGUGCUACGGUGCUCGUAAUUAUGUGCUUCAUCAUGUUAGUCCUUUUGAUCCUCAAAGAAAUACUAUUCUGAGCUGCGAGCUAACACCGAAAGAAUGUCGUUUCAUCACCCUGACCUGCUCUGCCGUUUUACCACAACGAACGCUAUGAAGAUGGAUGGACACUUUGUUUUUGCCCAGCAGAAGAAGAGCUUCUUGGUAACCUCUGUAUACAUUAUAUAUACAUAAUAUACACAUUUACGUGCUUCGGGGUUUUGUAGAAUGUGGGCAAGAAAGAAGUAGGGAUGGGAUUAGGGUGUGGGAUGAAAGUUGGCAGUGGCAAAAGUGAAUGAAUGUAUAGAGCUAAAACCUCGUGUAGUUGCCUUUCUAUUUUCCCAGGCAGAACCGUGACUUAUUGCUUCCCCAAUUUGCUUAUUUUUCUUGUGGGGGAAUCAAUUCGAUUUUUGUACCCGAUAUUAUUUUUAGGGCUGGAAAACGGUG